UUAUUACUCCUGCAUUUACCUAGCAAAAACCACUAAGAAAAUGAAGCAACAAUCUCUCUUCUCAUUUUCUAUUCUCCUUCUCUUCCUCCACUCCACUAAAACAUUUGCCCAGUCACCGGCUGCUGCUCCUGUACAAGCACCGCCUGUAGCCCCAGUUCAGCCACCGCCUGCACCUCCUGCACAGUCACCAUCCGGUGUACAAGUAGCUCCUUCACCUGGCCCCCUUGACGUUGUUAAGAUCCUUGGAAAGGCUAGCCACUUCACGGUGUUCGUGCGCCUAUUGAAAGCUACCCAAGUGGAUACAGAGCUAUUCUUGCAGCUCAACAACACUAACAAUGGAGCAACCAUCUUCGCACCAAGCGAUGGUGCAUUUUCAGGGCUCAAAGUAGGUACUCUUAAUUCCUUGAGCGACGGAGACAAGAUAGAGUUGGUGAAGUUUCAUAUAAUGCCUACGUUUAUUUCGACUUCCCAGUUCCAAACUGUGAGUAACCCAGUAAGGACGCUCGCCGGAGCCGGCAACCGGUUUGCGCUUAAUGUGACCACCGCCGGGAAUCUGGUGAAUAUAACUACAGGAUUAACCAACACAACCAUUUCUGGCACUGUGUACACAGAUUCCAGGCUUGCAAUUUAUCAAGUUGACAAGGUGUUACUUCCUUUAGACAUGUUCACUCCUAAGUCUCCUCCUCCAGCUCCAUCACCGGCACCGGCUCCAGAAAACCCUAAGAAGGCCCCCAUAAUAGAGAGUCCUGUUGCUCCUAAGGAUAUUUCUGGUGCAGUAAGUUUGAUAGUGCAGAAUCAUUUAGUGUUGGGAUUCGUUGCAGUUGGUGUGAUUAGUGCAAUGCUUUCGUUCUGAUCGACGGCGGAAGGCGCAUGGAUUCCGUUUGUUAUGUGUUCUAUGAAUAUGAGUUCAAAUUUUCACUAAUGUAUCACAAAAAAAAAAAGAAAAUCUAUUUUCUUAUUUUUAUUUGC